AUGACUGAUAAAUAUAUCCGCCUGAGUAUGGAGAGUCGCAAGAACAGCAGGACCGGCAAGCAUGGGGUGCUCGUGUUGCAUCGGCAGAGCUACAAAGGCGAGUCGAGAAGUAUUGUUCACCGCCAAACUUAUUCGUUCAAGAAUCCCGAUAUCACUAUCAAGAAGCUCUUGGAAUUCACUCUCACCCGCGGAUUGCACCGGUAUAAGAUGAUCACCACCAAGGAUGGAGCCAAGAAAGGAUGUCGGUACCACUUGAAAACCAUGUUGCUAGGCCUCGAGGCUGCUGGGUGGAUUGGGAGCAAGUCAGACGCUGGUAAACGAAUCAAUGACUUUCUCCCUUAUGUUUACACGAGGGAUGACGAAACGGUUGAGAUAUAUGUUACGACCAAGCCUAUCGACGUCGGCCAUUUCUGUGAGUAA